GAAUCGGUUCAGACGAUUUGCCCAAAUCUCAAGUAAGUAUACCAUCCACAUCUUCCUCUGAUCAAAUUAGUAAAUCUAACAGAUCCGGACUUCCGGUUUCUAUCUUGCCUGAAAAUCCCGAAGAGAAACGAAAACAUAUCAUUGGGUUGGUGCUAGAGAAGUUUCCUUAUCUAUCUUUAGACGAUAGUGAUGAACGCCGUGACACAUUUAAUCUUGAUAGUUCAGCACUCUGUCCUUUCUGUAAUGGAGACCAUAAAGUGAAUAGAAGUAUAUUUGAUGAAAUAAAAGGUGAAUGGGGUGAUGGUGAGUAUUACGGAGAACAAACUUAUCGUCUCAUAUGCAGGAUAUCUUAUAAACCUGGAAUCCCAGUAGUAUCUGUAAAAGCAUAG